AUGAUCACGUGACGUCAAGGAGGCAAACCCCAAACACAGACAAGCAAGAACCAGACAGACGCGGGCGACAAACAAACAUGGAGCCCAACGCCACCAUCCUGCGCGUCAAGAGAAAGCGGGGCACCGACCCGGCGGACGCACUACUGCUCGCCUGUAAACGCAUCCGCCCGGAAACCAGCCAGGCCCCCGGUGAAGCGGCACCGGAGCCCGGCGAGGCCGACGUGGAGAAGUCUGUGUUCAAACUCGUGGCCACGGUAGCAACACAGGAUGCUCCAGUGCAGACGGAGGUCCGCCAAGCCCUGUCCCGCCCCCGCGUGGCUCACGCGUUGCGGCCCUCCGCCAACAGCUCCAAGCGCAUCUUCGCCGACUCUCGAAACGCCAAGUUGGGCAUCCGGAGCGAGGAGCGCUACCGCAUCCUCUCCAGCCACCGCGCCGGCCUUGCACUCCCGGUUCACCCAAGUGGCGACGGUUCCGCGGCGGCAGAGAAGGUAGAGGAGACGCGAGAGGAGGAAGUGCAGGUAGUCGAUCUGCUGCACGAAGAUCUACCGGAGCAAGACAAAUCCUUCAGCAAGACUGAGUCAUCAAACCCUGAUGUGAUCCUGUGCAACAACACAAAGAUGCUCAGAGAGCGUCUCCGCAUCCAAGACCAGCCGCUCGAAAACGACGACGACUACGUGUAUGAUCUCUACUACCAGGAAACCUUCACACCGGGGUGGAUCCACGACAUCUUGUCCGUCAGGGCCUACGCGGACUACACGCAACUGGUCCCUGAGGAGGAAGACAGAGAGGAGGAGACGUACGAUGACGAAGAUGACGAGAACGAAGAAGCCAACUGGAGGAAUGACUAUCCUGAUGAAGAGAGCGAGGAUGACGACGACAGCGAGCGAGAGGAACGCUACGGACGCGAGUGGGCCGACGUCGAGGAAGACGCUCCCUGUCGCAGGAGCUGGCAACGCUACCAGAGAGACCUGCUGAAAUCGCUCGGCCACCUCUCCGACAACGACACCGACGAAUACGACUCCGACUGAUGGCCGCAACUUGAUCCUCGUUUCUAUUUUUUUACGUGCAUUUGUGUAAGUGUGUGUCGGGUACGCUUUGUGCUGUUAGCGUGCGGUGUGUUCAGUUGCGUAUGUGUCCUAGAGUGUUUUGUAUACUGUGAAAACGUGCGCUUGUCGUGUUAUGGGAUUGACAGUUUGGGGUUCAUGGAUUUUGGCCCGCCAUUUGUUGAAGUUGCGUGUGUUCAAACGUAAAGGAUGCUUGAUGGAUAUUAUUUUUGUAAAUAUGUUAAUAAAAUUUGAAAAAUAAAUGUUAAAAGAA